UUCGGCACGCACAGCAAUGGCCGACAACAACGUGUUGCCUCUCCAGCAGUACAUCGCAUCACUAGACAGCACAAGUUUGCCCAGAAUCCUACAAGUCUGCUCGGGAGUGUACUUCCAAGGCUCCAUCUAUGAGAUCUCCGGGAAUGAGGUGUGCUUUUCCACGGGGGACAUCAUCAAGGUUACCGGCAUUGAACUCUUAUCUGUAUGCUGCGAAGACGUCAACAGUAAUGAGACGUUUGAGUUGCCCAUCAACCAUACAGGGCUGUUUAAAGUAAUCCCAGAGGUGACGCCGUACAGCACAGUGGAGGAACUGGUCAAGCUGAGGCCUGUGGAUUUAAAGUCCUGCCUCCCUGUCAGAUUCACCACACGCUCCAAAAUCACCCUUGAAGAUGUAACGCUAGGGGCGGGAUCAGUUUUGACGUUGCUGUCCGUGGAAGAUGAUCGGUGCCGCUGCCACGUCAGAAACCACAAGGAGGCCUCGGUUGAGAUGUAUAUACCGCUGGAGACUCGUGGGGAGUUCUACGUGUGCGAGGGCGAGGAGAGCUUCACUCUCAGGGAGAUCAUGGCUUCACCAUGCCUGCGUGUUCAACGGUUCCACUUCCUCAACACCGCUAUGUGCACACGGACGCUCGUACUCAGUCCUGUCUACCAGAUCUGUGCCAUCAUGAACUUGAGGAAGAACAUGUUGAGGUUCCCAUCCAGCUUAGAGGUGGACGUGGUGGACAUCACUCACAUGGAAAUGGAGGUCAACUUUGUCUCCCCUCUCAGUCUCACAGACAUCCAUUCCCAGCCUGACGAAUACUUCCCCGUUGUCGUGGAGAUCCUGGAUGGUCCGGAGAGCUGUGAUCUAUUUAAUUGCAGAUGGCUGACACACCUCCGGAAAGGAACCUUGCUGAUUUUCCACAAAAAGAGAACUUCGGAAAUGACUGUGAUGUCCAGUUUGAAAAGUCGCAAGUUGCAGUACUUCCUUGUCUCAAAGCAGUACGACGGACAAUUCCGGAGGCGUCCCAGAGAGUUCGAUUCUGUCUAUGAGCUCUAUGUGGCCUCCAUGCAAACAUCAGGUUUAAAAGUGUCCGUCACAAGGAACUGUGAGGAAGUUGAGGAGGAAGGUGUUCCUGUUCUGAGUGUCGGGGAGCAGCUUCAGGUGGUGGGUUGUCAAAAAGUCCUGCUUUCAUGUGGAGGCACUGCGAGGCAAUCCGUUGAAGCUCUUGUUUGCCGGCGCCUCCAAGAUGCAGAUGAAGAAGAUGAGGAGGUCUUUCUGCCUUUGUACAUGCAAGGUCACUUUGUGGAGGUGCUCAGCGACAACAAGAAGUACAAACUGGAAGACUUGGGAAGGAUGUUCAAGUUACCGCUGGAUGUGAAAGCAGUUACCCGGGAUCCCAAACGGGAGACGGACCCUCUUGUGGGAUUUCCGUGUCUUCGGAUAGAGGGGGUCACGCUGGAGCCCACCAUCCUAGCGAGCUUCCUGGACUCCCCGGAGCUCUCGUUCGAGAUCCCAACCCAGAGGAUCUCGGUGUCUGUGUAUCAAACCCAGCAUGCCCUUCCGUGGCCUGUUGUACCCCCUCAAGAGUGUCACAUGGAGUGUGUUACUGAGGUGACAGACAGGUUCCUGCACCAGUUCCUUAAGGAGGCUAUGACAAGGGAAGAGCCUCCCCCCAGACCCCCCAAAAGGAAUCAGUCUGGUUUGACCAUAAGGCUGGAAAAGUCGACCCAAAGCACGCCGAGCAAAGAGUUUUCCAGUUUGAGCUUAAGAAGCAGAAACGAGAGCUGCUCACUUCCUCCGCCUCCUGCAACCGACAAACCGCUGCCAGUCACGCCGCACAAGAACUCAGCGCCUCCAACGCUGCCCGCAAGGGCCACGGCCAACACAUACGUGGGCGUGGCAACUCACGCUGAAGGUGAACGACAACCUAUUCUCUUUGUGUUGCUGCAAACUGUGGAAUCUACCAAAUAUGCUUCUUCUCGCAGGGUCACCACAGUGUGCUUCUGCAGCAGCAGAAGACACAGACGACUACGAACAAGUGGAGAACAUGCUGGCAGUGAUGGUGAAGGAAGCCCACUAGACUGUGGCUUUCUACUAACCGCACAAUGCUAGCUUGCAGCAAACUUUUAGCUAAAGAAUUACAUCCAGCCGCUCACAGUGAUGCACAAAGCUGAAGCAAUUAAGCUAAUGCUAAUGUGGCAGGUUGACUCCCACAAGGUGGCGUUGUCGGACGACUUCCUUUUGCAUCCCUCCUUCAGCUCGCCGCACUAAGAGUCCACUGGGUCGGCGCCUGUUGGUGACAGUUGGCGCCAAUGGAAUUUGCUGUGGCGCCUACUGUCGCCAAUAAGGUGCCUA